UCAACUGUCAUUUUUGAAAUAUUACCCGUUAGCGCAGCGCCAUCUUGUGUUGUGUCUCAGGGAAGCUUCAUUGCUCCAAAAACCAGACCAGAAAUCAAAUGCUCCUCUGCGGUAAAGUUGGUUUCCACUACUACAGGGAUUAACUUGGACUCGUUUAAUUUGUGUUUAAUGGCGAUCUUGGAUUCGUUGUUUCGGUGGUGAAGAGACGUCGCAUACCGGCGGUUCGAGCAUACUAAAUAAACGACAAAUAAUCAUCAAUGAAAAGUUAGAAGGCAAUAGGCGCAACACGGCAAAUACAGCGUGCUUAUGCGGUAAAAACCACAACAACAGUCCUUACGGGAUUUCUCAUCUGUUCUGUCAGCUUGAUGUUCGGGCCCGAUCUGCUUCCUCUGGGAGGGCAUGAUGGGCUGCCAUCCCAUGGCCAGCUGCCUUUCUCUCACUCUCACCCUUUUUUUGUAUCAACUGGAUGUGUGUGUGUCUGACUCCCACCACGAAGAAUGCCCUGAGAGCUGUUUCUGCACUGAGGGUAUCAACAGUGGCCUGGUGGUUCACUGCAGCUCCAUGCACUUAACUGCAGUGCCACGUGACCUUCCCAACACCACACAGCAUCUAUACCUAGACAACAAUUUGCUGCUCACCAUACCGUCCGAUGCAUUCAAAGGGCUCCCGCUGCUGUUCAAACUGGAUCUUUCCCACAACCGGUUGGUCGGUUUGGAGCAUGGAGCCUUUCGAGACCUUGCAGACUCUCUGCGCAGCCUGGAUCUUUCCUCUAAUCUACUGGAGACACUGGACCCCGGGGCGUUCGGCGACCUCAGAGCGCAGACUAACCUCUCUCAAAACCGCUGGCUGUGUGACUGCCGCCUGCAGCUGGCAAUGCCACAGCUGCUGCUGGAUCCGUCGUCUCUUGCUGAGGUUAUGUGCAAUUCUUCUGAACCCCAAGAGCUGGGGGCUCAGGGUUUGCCCUUCAUCCUGGUGGCGACUGAUUUGGAUUUUUGUGCAACCAUCAGGAGGACUACUGACGUGGCGAUGCUGAUAACCAUGUUCGGGUGGUUUACGAUGGUUAUUUCCUAUUUAGUUUACUAUAUAAGGCACAACCAGGAAGAUGCAAUCCGCCACUUGGAGUAUUUGAAGUCUCUGCCCAACAGGCAAGGCAGGUAUGAGGAGGCUUUGACACUGAACACGUGGCUUUAGUGGAGUUAAGAGUGACCAUUACUAGGAAUUACUAGUUACUAAAAUAACACUUAUAAUAACUAGGCAUGCUCCGAUUAGGAGUUUUGCAGCUGAUACCAAUUAUCGAUUCUUUGUCAUGAUGAUUGACUGAUACUGAGUACCGAUUCUGAUGCUCCAAGCUUUAUAAUGCAUUAAGCAUAUUUUCACUCCAAGUAUCAUACUUAAGGGGAGAUCUCUCCUUACCUAAGGGAAUAAAUGAAGGAUGUUGCAUAUAACUUCAUAAACGUGUCUCUUAUAGGCCGAAAGGUGUAGACUUGUCAUGGUUAGAAGCAGCUUUAGAGAAAACAAUUGAUAAAGCAUAAAAAAAUUGGUUAGAAUAAAGGACAAACAAUACAAUUUGGAAACAUUGCAAAUGAUGGAAGAAAAAUUCAACAUGUCUCAAUCAAGAAAGAUUUAGCAGCGCUUGUUUAAUGCAUAAGAAGUUAAAAUGCACACAUAUAUAUCCAUAACUUCUUCACUAAAAGGAACAAGGUCUAUAAACUAAAUAAAAAUGUUUAUUGCAAAAAGUGUACUACAAGAAGUUAUAUUAAUAAAUAUACACAGCAAAACCCUCUUAGUUCAGAGAAUACU